AUGUAUGAAGCCGUGCUCUGGAUCUCGUAUCGGAAUCCAUGUGACAUGUUCCCAGCACGAGGGGCAUACCAUUUCUAUGCCGUCAUGGAAAUGUACUGCUUAAUGCAUAUGAUCAGCUUGCAGAUGGUGGUACUAGCAACUAUCGUAUUCUCAGCGAUGAUGUUGGCAUGCAGUGAAGUCCAUUUGAGACUGAUUGAAAACGAACGAGACAUAAAUUAUAUAAUCAAAGAAGGUCAUUCCAACUGCAGUAGCCAUUCUACCUUUCCUUACACGGCACCUACUGAAGAAAAGGCAGAUACGUCGGAACAACUUGAUCCAGCAAUCGGUUCUCCAGCCCACGUCCGUCUAUUCAGUCAUGCUUGA